AUGGAAACUGAAUCCUUACCAACAACAUAUACAUGCAUAACAUGUCGAGUAGCAUUCAAGGAUCCCGAGAUCCAACGUCAGCACUACAAGACCGAUUGGCAUCGCUACAAUUUAAAGCGUAAAGUUGCAGAAUUACCUCCAGUUACUGCUGAAAACUUCCAGACAAAGCGGGUGGAGGAUGCUGCAGUAUCAGAGCAAGCAAACUGUAAAGCUUGUCACAAGACAUUCAACACCGCUAACCAGUACGAGAAUCACUUGAUGUCCAAGAAGCACAAGGAAAAAUCUUUAAAGAACGAUAAUCUUCCACGCGAUGAUUCAGAGUAUGUAAAACCCGUAUCUCCGAAAUCUGCAAACAAAUCAUUGAAUUCUCCAGAAAAGGAUGACGAGAUAGCAUCUUCCCUGAACGUUGAAAUGGACUCUGACGUCGAGUCCAUGGACUCCGACGACUGGAACGAAGACACCGAGAACCCGGUGAAGAACAACUGCUGUCUGUUCUGCAAGCAUCACAGUAAGUCGAUUAUAAAGAACCUGAAGCACAUGAACGAGUCCCACGGAUUCUUCAUCCCUGACCCGGAGUACUGCAUCGACGUCAGAGGGCUGCUGGCUUACUUAGGUGAGAAGAUUUUCGCCGGGUACAUGUGCAUCUGGUGCAACGACCGCGGGCGGGCUUUCCAGAGCGCAGAGGCCGCUCGUGGACACAUGCUGGACAAGAGCCACUGCAAGAUGCUCCAUGAGGGAGAGGCCCUCGCUGAAUACUCUGACUGGUAUGACUACUCUUCAAGUUACCCAGAUGCAGAAGACCAUGACCCGGAUGAUGAUGUUGAAGACGUUCCUGACUAUGAUGACACUGACUACCAGCUGGUCUUGCCCUCAGGCAAUGUCAUUGGACACCGAUCACUCAUGAGAUACUACAAGCAGAACUUGGACCCCAACCGCCAGCUCGCUAUUCCCAAGAACGAAAAACUGAGACGCGUUUUGUGUCAGUAUCGCGCUAUUGGAUGGUCCGAGACCCAGAAGGUUGAGGUCGCUAAGAAAAUCAGAGAUAUCAGAUUCAUGCAACGGGUUCAGUCCAAGUAUGAGAUGAAGUUGAAGGUCAAGGCUAAUAAAUUCCAGCCGCAUUUCCGUCAACAAGUUAAUUAUUAA